GAUGGACUCCGGCGCGCUCCUACCUCAAGGUGAUCCGUCCACCGCCAUCAAACCCGGUGGCCGGGGCGGAUGGCCGGCCGCGCUCUUCCUCAUCGCGGUGGAGUUCGUGGAGCGCGUGGGGUUCUAUGGCGUGAACGGAAACCUGAUCAUGUACCUCACCGGCCCGCUGGGUCUGUCCACCGCGGCGGCGGCUUCCAGCGUGAACGCAUGGGGAGGCACCGUGUCGAUGCUGCCGCUCCUCGGCGCUCUCGCCGCCGACUCCUGGAUCGGCCGGUACCGUGCCGUCGUGGCCGCCGGCAUCCUCUAUCUCCUGAGCUUUGGUAUGCUGACGGUCUCAUCCAUGGCGCCAACACUUCGCCCUCAAGAACCAACAGCAUGCCAAGACGCAUCCGCCGCCUGCUCGCCGCUGGCAUCCCCUUCCCGCACAUCAUUCUUCUUCGCGGCGAUCUACUUGGUAGCACUGGCCCAGGGCUUCCACAAGCCGAACGCGCAGGCCCUCGGCGCCGACCAGUUCCCCACAAGCGCCCCGGACGGCGUCGCGUCCCGGAGCUCCUUCUUCAACUGGCUCCACUUCUCCAUGUCCUGGGGCUACAUCGUCGCCGUCGUCGCGCUGAGCUACGUGCAGGACAAUGUCGGCUGGGCCGCCGGGUUCGGCGCGUCAUGGGCCAUGAUGCUCGUGUCCCUUUCUGUCUUCUUGCUCGGCACGCGAAUGUACCGUGCGGAGCGGCCACGCGACCGCCGUGCUCUCGCUCGGCUCACCAAAACCAGUUUAACAACGCCAAAGGACCAGGAAGGCAAGAGGGUUCUGCUCAAGCUGCUUCCGAUAUGGAUGACAAGCGUCGUGUACGGAAUGGUCAUAGCGCAAGUCUCCACCCUCUUCACCAAGCAGGGCAGCACCAUGGACCGGCGCAUCGGGGGCCUCGUCGUGCCGCCCGCCGCGCUGCAGAGCUUCACCGGCCUCGCCAUCAUCGCCUCCGUCCCGCUGUACGACCGCGCCUUCGUGCCCCUCGCGAGGCGCGUCACCAAACACCCUUCCGGGAUCACGAUGCUCCAGCGCAUCGGCGCCGGCAUGGCCGUAGCAUCCGUCGCCAUGGCCGUCGCGGCGCUCGUGGAAGCCGCGCGGCUCCGCGCGGCCAGGGACGCCGGCCUGGUCGACCGUCCGCAGGUGGCCGUGCCGAUGAGCCUGUGGUGGAUGGUGCCGCAGUACGUCCUGAUCGGUCUCGCCGACGUGUUCACCAUCAUCGGCCUCGAGGAGUUCUUCUACAGCCAAGUGCCCGAAGCGCUCCGGAGCGUCGGCCUCGCGCUCUGUCUGAGCGCCAUGGGCGUGGGGAGCUACGCCAGCGGCAUGCUUGUCUCCGCCAUCGAUUGGGUGACGAGGAGCUCAGGGGAUAGCUGGUUUUUGGACAAUCUGAACCGUGCGCACCUCGACUACUUCUACUGGGUUCUGGCCGGCGUUGCUGCUGUGGAGGUGCUCGUUUUCUUGUAUCUCGCCAGGGGAUACGCCUACACUAACAGAUGCGAAUUCGUAGACACGAUCCAUGGCACGAGUACAUGAUAGAAAUGCUAGUGUAAACACUCUCAUUUAUCAAGCUUCAAAAUGAGAUAUACUUCACAGAUAUUCCCUGAU